AUGGUGAUAUUUAUGGCUCUCGCUGUCUGCUGCACUUCCAGAGGAGGAGGCCCCGCUGCAGGAGGAGCCGGGAGGCGGAGAAGAGGCGCCGCGAGUUGUGGAUUUGGAGCAGCUGGUGCCCGUGGGGGGCGUGUUCCACAUCUCUGUCCUGCGGCUGCCGCCCCAGGCCCAGGACGUCGGGGACUGGAUCAUGGUGGAGGCCAAUGGUGGAGAACUGAUGGCAUCAGCAAGAUAACCUAUGAAGCAGAAGAAAAGAGGAUCACCUUCAGCAUGGGUGGCUUUUCUACAGUAGCCCUUCUCCAGGAUGCUCACCUGAACCUGCCCUAUCAGGCCUGGGAAUUGCACCCUACUGGUGAGGAUGAAGGACUCUUCACAGUCACUGCAGCCUUUGCAACCAUUCAGAUACAAAUUAAGGAUAAUCAGUGUAUGUUGUCUUCAGUAGUGGUGGAAGAGAAGGAGGUGCUUUCCCACAUCACAGGGAAAUGGAUGAGUCCUGUUGCCCUCAGAGCAGCUUUGAAAAGAGCUGGAGUGAACAUUUUCCCAGCAGAGCACUCUCCCAAGUAUGUCCCUGUGCCCAGGAAGGGUGCCCUGGCAGAAGUGAGGGCCUAUGAACAGAUGGCUCUGCUGGCAGCUGCUUUUGCUCACAGCAAGUGGAAUGGAGAAGCAGGGCCAGAGCAAGUCGUGUUCAAGGUGAGUGAACAUCUGACAGCAGGUUCUGCCAAAGGCAGCCACUGGUCUCUUUUGAUGUUCGAUGGUGAGAAAGUGCAACACCUCAAGCUCACUGAAACCAGUGAAGCUUUUUCAGAAGAGGUGCAAGAAGAGUCUGAAUUUCACUCCACCUACCAUACGGUCAAGGAUUCUGCCAGCAAUGAAGUGGAAAAAGUGGAAAGAGCUGGCUGCAUGUUCAUUGAUUCUGUGUAUCAGCUGCUCCUUGCUACCAGAGUCUUGGCAUACUCUUAGAUACUACUGCAUGCUUUCCUUCAAAACUUUAUUAUCAAAAGCUUUCAAUAAAGUUACAUUUCAAGUUUUAAAUACUUUUCUAUUCAAAACAUUUAAACAGGUUCUGAAAUGCAAACAUUUUAUCUUUGUUCAAGCAAAAUAAAUUCUUUAUUCAAUUGUGGCCAGACCACCUAGACAUGUUUAUUGUUAGCUACGUUCAAAAAAUUGCUGUUCUUUUGUAAACCUCAGUAGAACUGAGAUCCUUCUAGCUGCUUUUGAAGAUGACUUUUGUCAGAAUAGGAAAUAUUUUUUUUCAGUUCAAG